AUGAAUCCGACAACCUUUGAAAAGAAAGUCAAUAGCAGGUAUACGUCGGUUCCUAUUUAUGAGUGUGUAAAACGUAGUCAGAGUAGUGAUAUAGUUCGCUUCUUAUUUGCUUUUGGUGUUGAAUACCUAAUUCUUUAUAAACUAGGCCAACUGCCUGUGUUCUUUGUGGUCUUCAUGAUAAUUGCCAUGGGAGACACUCAAGAACUGCAGACAAAGGUUAAUGAUCAUUGGAAAUCUGAAGAGGAACCAAAAUAUUCACCUGAAAAUGCAGAAGGCCACCAUCAAGCCUCGUCGGGUAAGCCUAAGCAGUACAAAUGGUGGCUUAAAAUGGCCAUCUAUGGCCUAUUUGUUCUCGGAGGGCAGUCAGUAGGCACCCUCUUAGGUAGAGUAUAUUUCGAAAAUGGUGGAAACAGCAAAUGGAUGGCUACACUUGUACAACUUGUGGGAUUUCCAGUUCUUUUCCCAUUUUUAUUCAUCUCAAAAGACAAAGAUGAUCACAAUACACAAGUUAACGCAAAACAACCUAGUACCUUAAUCCUAGCUUCAAUCUAUGUUGUACUAGGCAUUUUUCUUGCUUUUAUUUGUCUUAUGUACUCAAUUGGACUCCAAUAUCUUCCAGUCACAACCUAUAGUAUAAUUUGUGCAUGCCAAUUGGGAUUCAAUGCACUUUUCUCCUUUUUCCUCAAUGCACAAAAAAUCACUCCUUAUAUUGUGAACUCUCUUGUACUCCUCACCAUCUCUUCCACCCUCCUCGUAUUCGAAACGGACACUAGUGGGGAGUCAAACAAAACCUCGAAAGGUAAGUACGUACUAGGUUUUGUAUGCACAUUUGCAGCCUCUGCUGGUUAUGCUCUAAUGAUGUCUGUAACACAACUUGUCUUUCGCAAGAUCAUCAGAAGAGAAACUCUUCGUGCCAUAAUCGACAUGUCAGUUUAUGAAUCUUUGGCUGCUUCUUUUGCAAUCCUAAUAGGACUGUUUGCAAGUGGAGAUUGGAGGAAAUUGAGUUCAGAAAUGGAGGGUUUUAAAUUGGGGAAAGUGUCAUAUGUUAUGAACUUGUUUUGGACAGCAGUUUCUUGGCAGAUUUUUAAUGUCGGAAGUUUUGGGCUUAUAUUUAAGGUUUCUUCAUUGUUUUCCAAUGUUAUUAGUGUCUUAGGUGUGCCUAUUGCUCCAAUUUUGGCUGUGAUUUUUCUCCAUGACAGGCUUAAAGGAUUGAAGGCAAUGGCCAUGGUACUUGCCCUGUGGGGGUUUGUUUCUUAUAUGUACCAGCAUUAUCUUGAUGAUUUGAAGACCAAGGCUAAAACAAAAUCCCAAGGGGAAAACUAA